GUCCAGAGCCCGGUGCCUGUCCGGUCCGGAGCGCGGUGCGACGGCAUCGCGGCCGGAGGGCGGCCAUGGGCUCCCGGCUCAGCCGGCAGAGCAGCCUGGAGGAGGAAAGCACCGAGGAGUCCUGCGCCCACAGGCUGGACGGCGGCCGGGGCGACUUCCACUUCUCCUCCCUGCUCCUACACCCGCAGAAGCUGCCCGGGGUGCUGCGGAAAGCUUCCCCGGCGCCCUACGUGCGGCGGGUGGGAUGGCUGCGGGAGAUCCAGGCCACCAUACGGGAGCACAAGCGGGAGCACGCCGUGCACAUCCUCCGGCUGCUCAGGAAGGACCUGGGACUGGAAGGAACAUUCCUCAACGAAGUCCUCUACAAAAAUGCAACUUUCCUCAACUUGGUGGAUCCCAUCUCCCAUGACUUGCUGAUGAGCCUUGCUAGAGAUCUGCAGUGUCCCAAAAAGGAAUAUGACCCCUGGAAAUCCUCUGACAGGAUCUGCAGGCAGCUGAUUUAUCACCUCACUCCCCACUCGAAAUGGCACCGGCACGGCAUGCCCCGGAGGAAGUCCCAAGUGUGCCUGAAGACCAGCCUGCAGAAGAAGGUGAGUCAGGACUCCAUGGAUUUGUCAGGGAUUCCCCUCACCAUGCGAGAUGUCCACCGCAUGGCAUACUACCUGCAGAACAACGGGGACCACCUCACCUCUGUGGACCUGAGCUUCACCGAGCUGAACGACGACAUGGUUCGCCUGCUGCUGCCCUUCCUCUGGGCACUACCCAAGCUCACUCACCUUUCCCUCAAUGGCAACCGACUGACACGGGCAACCAUGAAGGAGCUGACCGACGCCAUGAAGGACAUGAACAAGUUCCCUUGCCUGGCUUGGGUUGAUCUUGGCAACAACGUGGAUGUCUCCUCCAUGCCACAGCCGCUGCUCGUGGGCCUGCGCAAGCGCCUCAGCCAGCAGACCACACUGCCAACCAUCUAUGAGGCGCUCGACUGCGACUCGGAGAUCUCCAGCGGGCAGGAGGGCAGCCAGCCAGAGGACGAAGCAGCAGAAAGCACCCCGCCACGUGCUUUCUCUCAGCAAGGCUGUGAGAGGUGACUGGACAACAGGCUGGUGCUGGCACACUGAAGCCACCCCAAGGAGAAGUCUUGAGUACAAACAUCAAGCAGAGGGUCAGCUUUACCUGCUUCCUUUGGCUCUUUUCUCUCACCUUCCCUGACAUCUUCCCCCCCCACUUGCUGUGAGACAAAAGCUCUGUUCCCUCCCCUCAUUACCAAACCCAUUGCCCAUGUUCCAGAGAGGAACCAGUGACUUACAGUGAACCUGGUCCCCAGGCAGGGUCUCAAUGGAAGACAGGAAAAGACCUCUCAGAGUCAAGAAUAUCCUCCAGCAGCCAUUGGGUUGAGCAAAAGGGAUGGGGGAACCUAAAACAGAAACAGACUUGUAGUUUACUUCCUUUCUUCCUUUUCCCA